AUGAAGACCCAGCCCCCCUCCCCGCCCACCACCUCCUGCAGGACCAAAUACGACAGAGUGUGCUUUACGGAUGAUGGAGUGUUCAGUGAGGGAGAGACCUACGUGCUGGAGUGUAAGAACGCCACCUGCAGUAACGGUGUCUCCGUCUACACUGCGUCAGCUGUGGCUGAGUGCAGCGCCCCCUUCACGGUGGUGUCAGGCGUAGGCUGCGUCUAUAUGAUAUCCACAAACAUGACGUGGUGCGAUGCCCGAGUGUUCUGUACCGACCUUGGAGGAGACCUCUACGUCCCAGCCAACUUUACUGCUCUUCAGUAUUACCUUCUCCCCUACGCUUACAAAAACGUGUGGGUGGGUGUGAGAGAUCAAAAAUGGUUGAAUGGGAACGCUGUGACAACCACGCAGUGGGCUUUAAAUUCACCCAAUGAUCCGACGAUCUACACCUGCUCUAGAAUGGUACCUAGGAGCUCACUGUAUUAUCUUGAUGACACAAACUGCUUUAAUGCUUCCUUCGUCUCCUUGUGCCAACGACAAGUUCCCGGGAUAUAAGCAGCUUUGAAGCACGAGGAAGCCACCCGUACCCUGCUAGAGACAAAUUGCAGCGAGAAGCCUUAUGUUUACCGCUAGUGCAGUUAGAAGCCUAGUUGCAUUCUUGAGGCAACUAGGAAACAAUCAAAAUACGCUCACAGGAUGAGUACGGGGAUAUACAAUAAACUACAGCUUACAGAAUGAGUACGGGAGUAUACAAUAAACUACAGCUUACAGAAUGAGUACGGGAGUAUACAAUAAACUACAGCUUACAGAAUGAGUACGGGGGUAUACAAUAAACUACAGCUUACAGAAUGAGUGCGGGGGUAUACAAUAAACUACAGCUUACAGAAUGAGUACGGGGGUAUACAAUAAACUACAGCUUACAGAAUGAGUACGGAGUAUACAAUAAACUACAGCUUACAAAAUGAGUACGGGGGUAUACAGUGAACCCGUUCCCAUUCUUUACUUUUUUUGGCCUGUCGUCCCCAACCUGAGUCUAGGCUGAAGAAAAUAGAUGUAAUUAAAUGACAAUUUCAAAGUUAAGAAGAAUGGAAAGAUAAUAGUAAUUAUCAACAGGUGUAAUCUAGAACAAGUACAAAGAAUACCUUUAAUUUGAGUAAUAAUGUAAUUAUGGAAUUAAAAUGCUGUAAUGACCGCUUACCCUGUCGUAAUAACCGCGGCCUCUAUUGUAAUAACACAAUGU